UGGUUAAGGUUUUGGAGUCACAAGCUUAAUUUGAAUGUCUUCUUCUUCUUUCAUCACAGUGCAAUGUUCUCUGCUACCUUCUUGCUCCUCAAGUCAUCAUCAUGACAAAGCUCCCCCUAUAAAAGCUGUAAACUUUGCUCAGAUUCCAUCAUGGGUCUCUCUAAAAUCCUCUGCUCCAUUGUUGAAUACCCAACAAUUACAGACUGGGCAAGUCGAAAAUGUUCACUUGGUUUCUUUAUCGAAACAGGGGAAGAUGAAAGAAGCACGAGAAUUUCUACAGCAAAUGAACAAGGCUGGUGUGGCGGUUAGUGCUCGGUCGUACAGGUGUUUGUUUGAGAAGUGUGGAUUGAUGGGUUCGUUAUCGGAUGGCAGAUUUGUUCACGAGUGGUUGCGAACAACUGUGACGAGUCCAGCGGAGUUUCUUGAGAAUGAUGCGCUUCAGAUGUACUGCGAUUGUGGGAGUUUAAGGGAUGCACAGAAGGUGUUCGAUGAAAUGCUUCACAGGGAUUUGGUUUCUUGGGUUAUAAUCAUAUCCGCUUAUGUGGAGAAGGGUGUUUUGAACAAAGCUGUUGGUCUGUUUUUGGGUAUGCUGGAGUCUGGGGUUAGGCCGAAUUCGUCUAUUUUUACUAGCUUGUUGAAGUCGUUGAAUGAGUUUUCGCAUUUGGAGUUUGGGAAACAGAUGCAUUCUUAUGUUAUAAGAACUGGGAAUGCUGGUGGUUCGGCUGAGACGGCGAUUGCAAACAUGUAUGUGAAGUGUGGAUGGUUAGAUGGUGCUAAACUAGUGUUUGAUAAGAUGGGUGACAAGAAGAGUGUGGUAGCUUGGACUGGGUUGAUGGUGGGGUAUACUGAAGAUGAGAAGCUGGGGGAGGUUUUAGAAUUGUUUGCUGAGAUGGUUUGGGGAAGUGUAGAGGUGGAUGAUUUUGUUUUUUCGAUAGUUCUCAAGGCAUGUGCUGGUUUGGAGUACUUGAAUGCUGGAAGGCAGAUCCAUGGUUACAGUGUUAAACUUGGAUUGGAUUCUGAGGUCUCUGUAGGAACUCCUCUAGUGGACUUCUAUGUCAAAUGUGGAGAAUUUGAAUCUGCUCGGCGAGCAUUUAAGAGGAUAAAUGAACCAAAUGAUGUUUCGUGGAGUGCUAUAAUCUCUGGCUAUUGCCAGAACGGUGAAUUUGAGGAGUGUCUCGAGAUUGUUCAAUCUUUAAUUGGUAAAGGUGUUACUUUAAAUCCAUUCAUAUAUACAAGCGUUUUUCAAGCAUGCUCUGCAAUUGCAGACAUAAAUUUGGGAGCUCAAGUUCAUGCGGACGCAAUAAAAAGAGGGUUUGUCACAUUCUUGUAUGGAGCAAGUGCAAUGAUUACGAUGUACUCAAAAUGUGGCAGAUUGGACUAUGCCUAUCAAGCAUUUGAAUCAAUAGAUAAACCUGAUACUGUGGCCUGGACUGCUAUAAUUUGUGGCUAUGCAUAUCAUGGCAAUGCCUCUGAAGCUCUUCGGCUUUUCAGUAGAAUGCAGAACUCUGGCAUAAAGCCAAAUUCAGUUACAUUUGUAGCAGUUCUAACUGCUUGCAGCCAUUCAGGUUUGGUAACAGAGGCGAAGCAGUAUUUGGAUUCAAUGAGUAGUGUAUAUAAUGUGGAACCAACCAUUGAUCAUUACGAUUGUAUGAUAGAUGUGUACUCUCGUGCUGGACUACUACAGGAGGCACUUAAACUGAUAAAGAGUAUGCCAUUUGAGCCCGAUGCAAUGAGCUGGAAAAGUUUAUUAGGUGGAUGUUGGAUACAUCGGAAUCUUGAUCUUGGAAAGUUUGUAGCUGAAAACCUCCUCCAGAUGGACCCAGAGGACACUGCUAGUUACAUAAUCAUGUUCAACUUGUAUGCAUCAUUGGGAAAAUGGGAAGAAGCCGCCCAUUUUCGAAAAAUGAUGGCUGAAAAAAACUUGCGGAAAGAAAUAGGUUGCAGCUGGAUCACUGUCCAGGGCAAAACACACCGGUUUAUAGUUGGCGAUAAGCACCAUUCUCAAAUAGACCAGAUAUACUCAAAGCUAAAUGAGCUAAGCAUCUCUUUCAAGGAUGCAGAAGAUUCACUUCUAACUGAGGAGGAUGUACUCUCUGGUUUUCCUGAGAGGAAAGAACAGCUUCUUGACCAUAGUGAGAGACUAGCUAUAGCAUUUGGCCUCAUUUCCACACCAAGUAAUGCCUCUAUUGUGGUCUUUAAGAACAUCAGGGCCUGCAAAGACUGUCAUGAGUUUGCAAAGCAUGUUUCCAUGGUGACAAGGCGUGUAAUUAUUGUGAGAGACUCCAACAGAUUCCAUCACUUUAAGUUGGGCGAGUGUUCUUGCAGAGAUUAUUGGUAACUUUCGCAAUUCCAUGGAAGCCUAUGCAACGAUCGGUGUUUUACGGUGCUCUAUAGCAUUGACUGUGUUCCGCAGUAUCGAAACUCAAGAUGUGAGUCGCAGCCCACCAUUUCAUGUGUUACUGCAGACACGUCACUUUCUGGUUGCUGCAUUAAGAUGAAGCGUGAGUUAGCUGCAAGUACACGAAUGACGAACCAGAGGGUGCCAGAGAACCCUGUAGUGCAAAAGAUGAGUGAAGUCUGAGGUAAGAAUAACAGUGACCUCUUUUUCUUCCUACUUACAGUAAUUUAGUGGAACUAUAAAGUAUGAAAGGUACAGUGACAUUAUCUGUGACGAGUCCUGUUGACACGUCUGUGUAUGAGAAUCUCAAGAUUUUGUGUGAGAGAUAUCAUUUCCGCUCUCUAUUGUGGGCUCCAAAAACUAGGGUCAUCAUCAUAAAUGAUAACCAUUACUUGCACAACUGUGGAUGAAACCUCCUAAAGUAGGUAUUGGUUGAAUUCGAAGUUUCUGGGCAACUUGGUGUUUGAAGCCUCAUACUUUGAUGGUUUUGCUUUACUGCGCUGUUUUCUGGUGUGGUAAAACCAAUGGUGAAAGGUAAAUUGUAAUAACCUCUUCAACA